GACGCACAGCGGCAGCGCAGCUUCCGACAAUGAUAUUCAAGGCACUUGCGGCUCGUCUGCAGCGGUAGGAGAAAAAGAGAGGAGAAAGAGAGAACCUCACCUCCUCAAACAGCGAGUGAGGUUGAGCAAAAGAGACAGAAAGCGCCAGAGAGAGACCGAGAGGAAGAGACCGAGAGGAAGAGAAGAGGCUGUGUGGAGUUUAAGGAGAGACACCAGCGGCUUGGACCUCCAGCGAGGAGUGUUUAAUUCAUUGUAAAGUGUCUAAUAUCCGCACAGAUUCGACAUGUCAUCGUCCGGUAAAGACAACAGCGGUGCCCAACUUGCCAAUUACGUGGGACCUUACCGUUUGGAGAAGACGCUUGGGAAAGGACAGACAGGGUUGGUCAAGCUGGGAAUCCACUGUGUAACAUGCCAGAAAGUCGCCAUAAAGAUUGUCAACCGUGAGAAACUCAGCGAGUCAGUACUAAUGAAGGUGGAGCGGGAAAUAGCUAUUCUGAAGCUCAUAGAACACCCACAUGUGUUGAAGCUACAUGACGUCUACGAAAAUAAAAAAUACUUGUACCUUGUGCUAGAACAUGUGUCUGGUGGUGAGCUGUUUGACUACCUGGUGAAGAAAGGCAGGUUAACACCUAAAGAGGCAAGGAAAUUCUUCAGACAGAUCAUGUCUGCCCUGGAUUUUUGCCACAGUCAUUCCAUAUGCCACAGGGAUCUGAAGCCGGAGAACCUGUUGCUAGAUGAGAAGAACAACAUCAGGAUAGCAGACUUCGGCAUGGCCUCCCUUCAGGUUGGAGACAGUCUGUUGGAAACCAGCUGCGGAUCUCCACACUACGCCUGUCCAGAAGUCAUCAGGGGAGAGAAGUAUGACGGGAGGAAAGCAGACGUCUGGAGCUGUGGGGUCAUCCUUUUUGCCCUGUUGGUGGGUGCCCUGCCGUUUGAUGAUGACAACCUGAGGAAUCUGCUAGAGAAGGUGAAGCUGGGAGUGUUUCACAUGCCACACUUCAUCCCUCCAGACUGUCAGAACCUCCUCCGUGGCAUGAUUGAAGUGGAUGCCACCAAAAGACUAACGUUAGAACAGAUCCAGAAGCACACAUGGUACAUUGCGGGGAAGAACGAACCGGAGCCGGAGCAGCCUGUGCCGAGGAAGGUGACCAUCCGCAGCCUGCCCUCUGCAGACGACAUCGACCCAGACGUCCUGGACAGCAUGCACUCCCUGGGCUGCUUCAGAGACAAGAACAAGCUGCUGAAAGACCUGCUGUCAGACGAAGACAACCAAGAAAAGAUGAUCUACUUCCUGUUACUGGAUCGCAAGGAAAGGUACCCCAGUCAGGAGGACCAGAACCUUCCACCUCGCAAUGAGAUAGAUCCCCCAAAGAAGCGGGUGGACUCUCCCAUGUUGAACCGUCAUGGCAAGCGGAGACCAGAGAGGAAGUCCAUGGAGGUCCUCAGUGUCACCGACGGGGGCUCGCCUGUACCGGCAAGAAGGGCCAUCGACAUGACACAGCACGGACAGAGUAAAUCAGUGUACAGUAAAAGCUUGGAAAUUCGUGAUGGCGGUACAAAAUGCAGCAAUGACGAAAGGUCGCGGUCUAUCAGUGGAGCCUCCUCCGGCCUCUCCACCAGCCCCCUCAGCAGCCCACGGCCUGUCAGAAAGUUCUGUGUACCGCCUCAGACCCCAGACAUUUUGCAGUCGCCUAACUCGAGCCCCUGCCAAUCCCCUGAGUCUGCCCCCAAUCGUGCAGCCCCCCGUGCCCCCACGCCUAACUCACUAGCGCCAAACAGCAGGCCCCCGCCGGCAGAACUCAACAGGACGCAAACACUCCCCUCCAAGCCUAAAACGGUCCCCAAGCCCCUCCAAGCCACCCGCUCCAUCCCGCUCCCCGGACAGUCCACAGAGCCAGCAUCUCCAGCCAAAUCCGAGCCACCCACUCCCCUCCAGCUUCCAUUGCAGCCCCCCUCUGCCUCUGUCCCUCCCACCCCUACUACUCCAUCCUCCCCGUCCUUCCCCUUUGCCCCCUCCUCCAUCUCCAGUACUCCCAUCCAAAACAGCCCCCAGGUGAGGCGCUCCCAUUUCGCUGCCAGCCCCCAGCUCUCGGUGCCCUUCGUCCCCGCGGUGCCGAUGUCCCCCAUCCGGUUGCACCACUUCCACCCCGUAGCGCCCGCGUCUUCUUCCUUCACUGACCAGCCCAAAUCUAUCCCCCUCAUACAGGUUACCCCUCAUCCCUCCCCUCGAGGUAGCCCCCUCCCCACCCCAAAGGGCACCCCGGUGCACACUCCCAAGGACAGCCCAGCCGGGACCCCCAAUCCGACGCCGCCCCCCAGCCCGUCCAUCGGAGGCAUGCCUUGGAGGACGCGCCUCAACUCCAUCAAGAACAGCUUCCUGGGCUCGCCACGCUUCCACCGCAGGAAACUACAAGUUCCCACACAAGAGGAGAUGUCCAGCCUCACACCAGAGUCUUCCCCAGAACUUGCCAAAAAAUCAUGGUUUGGUAACUUCAUCAACCUGGAGAAAGAGGAGCAGAUCUUCAUCGUCAUCAGAGACAAACCUCUCAGCUCCAUCAAGGCAGACAUCGUUCAAGCCUUUCUCUCGAUCCCCAGCCUGAGCCACAGCGUCAUCUCUCAGACAAGUUUCCGGGCAGAGUACAAGUCCACAGCCGGCCCUACAGUCUUCCAGAAGCCAGUCAAAUUCCAGGUGGAUAUCACCUACACGGAGAGCACAGCUGCCACUAAGGAGAACGGCAUUUACUCUGUCACCUUCACCCUGCUCUCAGGUCCCAGCCGGCGCUUUAAGCGAGUAGUGGAGACGAUUCAGAGCCAGUUGUUAAGCACGCAUGACCAGCCAGGGGUCCAACAGCUGUCUGACGAGAAGAACGGACAGGUGCCCUACCCUUCUGGCACGCCCACCAAGCACUGUCCCUCGCCCAUGCACGUCCGGAGGCACGAGCCAGAAAGUAAUGACACCAAAAGCCCCUCCGCGGGCCGAGACAGGGCCAAGUUGUCCGUGGCAACUGUGGGGUCACAGGAGGAGUCUUAGACCGAGAAUGUGCUAAAACCCCCUCCUCCGAAAACCUGUACAUAG